AUUACCGUUUAUGUAUACCGUAGACGAUCGACGAGUUGUUUGGAGCUCUACAUCGCCAUCGCUGCAUUUUACAAGAAAUUAUAGGGUGUUUUUAUAGACCACGGACACUUUAAAACUUAGUUAACAAUCAUAAACUGGAAUUAUAAGUCAUUCAGGCAGUUUUAGUUAUUUGCAAAUGAAUGUUAUGAAAUGUGAUCCGGAAAAAUGACGGAAAUUGCGAAGCUAGAAAAACCAGCAGAUGAGGACACCGGCACAGCAUCUCAUGUCUCCGCCCAGCCGACGGGGACGGGGACACCUGGUCCAAGACCAAGUCUCUUUUACCAGCUUCGACGGGUCGGAGCGGCAGCCAGCAUGCAGGGAGUCAAAGAUGUAUUUAAACUAACCAAGCCCAGGACCAUCAUAGGAAGGAACACUUCAGAGGUGGAUUGUUUCUUAGAUUCUUCUGUUCACACUAGGCUCAUCUCUCGCCAACAUGUUGAGAUCCUUAUGGAGAUGGAUGAGAACCAAAGUCCAAUACUCUAUGUACUAGACAAAAGCCUGAAUGGAACAUUCGUCAAUGAUAUCAAGAUCUCGUCGCAGACGAAAGUUCCUCUGAAAGAAGGAGACACCCUGACGCUUGGACAUCUUAGAGGGGUCCAAGUCAAACAAGGUACCUUUGCUGAACAGGAGACCUCAGAGUUUAGAUUCAGGCUUGUAUAUGCCCCUGUGGAAGAAGACUGCACCGAGGAUGGCGAGAAUACCCCAACAAAGAGGAGACGGAAAGAUUCCCCCAAAGUGUCCAAGAAAACCCGUAUCCUCCAUCCUCCCGACAGCAACGUCACCUCGCCGACGUCGCAAACUGCCAACAGAGCUGCCAGUAUCCCUCCUCCGUUCCUUCAGAACAGUAUCCACGAGGAUGACUCGGAGAGCGGUGCGAAGAUAGCGGGAGAGAAGGGAAAGACUAGGGUCGAUUCCACGCCUGCCUCGUUCCUCCAAGACAGUGAAAAUGAGACUAUGAAAGAGGAGGAGAAUAGCCGAACCUUGACAAAGCCAGAUUCCUCGAGAGGGAGGCUGAAGAGAGGGCGGGGUAGGGCUGCCGUGAAUGGAGCGGCUCGUGGAAGGGCGAGCACACUGAGUGGACGAGGAAGAGGAAGUAGUAGAGGACUAGGGCGUGGUAGGGGGAGAGGCAGGGGACAGGGUGACAGCAGUCGGAAGGCGGAGGGUGCAUCCGUGUCCGGGAAAGAUGCUAAGCAGGGUGCUUCAACAAGCAAGGGAGCUGAGGACACUUUUGAGUUUGAGUUAGAAUCAGAUAGCGGAGGUGAGGAAAACUCCACCUUACACCGGCAGCUUGAUUCAAUAUGUAAAAGUUUAGACACCUCGGAUUCGGAUUCAGUCAAGAGUAAAGCAGGGUCUUCAAGAUCAUCUCGAGGGAGACCACCUAAAAAUGCUGCAUCCUCCAAGUCUGAGACUAAGCACACAGACAAAAGGAAAGGAGAGAGUGCAACUGCUACACAAGGUGUCCGGAAGAAGAGAGCGGCCGCCCCCAAGAAUGAUGAUGAUGUGGAAUACAACUCCCAGCCUUGUUCUGCGGCUAAAUGUUAUCGACCUAAAGAUAGCACAGUGACAUGGGUCCAAUGCGAUGACUGUGACAACUGGUUUCACGUGACAUGUGCCGGGUGCGAUUACAACAAGGUCAAACAAGCGGACUAUCAGUUUUUCUGUGGAUGCAAACCCAAGAAGUUGAAGAAGUGAGAGACAAACUCUUAUCAUCAUUGAUGAACAGUACAAUAGAGUGAUCAAAUGACUAAAGACUCAGAAGAAAGAGUCAAGGACGUGCUAUAUCUCUAGACCUCCAAUGCAAGGAAAGGUCUCUGUAAACUGCAGAUCCAGAGUAAUUUUAAUAUUCUGUUCUGAUAAGAUUAUGAUGAUUUUGUGUUUGUUAAUUCUGACAUAUACAAGUUUUAAAGGUGCUUUCUUUUUGCAUUUGCUUUUUAUUGGAAUGACCCAUUUAAAAGCUCAUCUAUUUUUUUUGUUUUAUUGCUCGGAGAAGGAUGUAGUGUUAGGAUAAUCUAUUAAAACGUAUGGAAACAAAGGUAGAUUAAUCAAAGUCUAAUGAAUUCUGGUGAGUUUUGAAAUAAUUUGUAUGAUUUGAAGUAUGGGAUCAAAUUCAGUGUGCAUUUAUGAAACCCUGAAUUUCCCUGACUCAAGUUGGGAAAUAUUUCUAACAAAAAGGAGUAAGAUUGUUUCAAGAAGAAACGUAUUUCAUAAAAGUAUUUCACAUUUACAGAAUGUGUUUGAACUUUGAAAAGAUUCCAAUACAGGUUUUAACAGAUGAGAAGUUGUAUUCAUUACAUUUCAUGCACAUUUUCUAAUAACUUUGCAAGAAGCAAGAAUAGCACAUUUGUUAAGUUGAUGAAAAUGUAUGUUUUAAUGAUGGUAGAUUUCAUUGCCUUUUUCUUGCUAAGAAUAUUGCGUAUGGACCAAAUUUCUUUUGUAAUGUUAAAGUACUAAUUAUGCACCUUACUCUAAUUAUUUGCCUAUUAUCAGGCAUUUCAAAGGAACUUUAAAAGCUAAGUGGGUUAACUGUUUUGUGAGUACGGUAAUGAUCUCAAGGUAAAAGUCAGUUAUAGACAGAAAUUUUCCUUUCUUUUAUCAGCUCUAAAUUUUCCAAAAACUUCUCCAAAGAGUUUCCUCCAAAAUACAGUACAACUAAUUGCAUUUGAGAGAUGAGAGAAAAAAUAACAGUUUAGUAGUUUCGACCACUUAGUGAAAACUGCCUUUUUGAAUUUUGGUCAUUAUUGGUAAUAAAAAACUAUUAACCUCCUGGUUUUAAUGCGCAACAUUCCUCCUAUUAAUACUAAAUAGGUUCAUUAUUGCGGACUGAAAUAAUCGCUAGAGGGUAUUCAUUUCUCUCGCAAUCUACUAUGGUCAACAAGGAAAUUUGUGAUCACUCUUGCAAAAAGUGUUCACUAGCUUACAAGUUCACGAGCUUUCGAGUGCCGCUGCAACUCUUUAUCAAGUGACGAAAAUUAUCUGAUAACGUAGUCGGUAUAUACUGGUCCGAAAUAGCCCAGUUAAAAUAGGGUGAAGUCCAGUCAGGGCCUCUAUGCUGCAUUAUCUUACUCGCCAUCAUCAAUACCUAAAUUUUGUACGGAAAGUGUAAGAGUUGCAGCGGCACUCGAAAGCUUGUGAACUUGUAAGCUAGUGAACACUUGCGAGAGUGAUCACGAAUUUCCUAGAAAGCUAGUGAACACUUUUUGCGAGAGUGAUCACGAAUUUCCUAGAAAGCUAGUGAACACUUUUUGUGAGAGUGAUCACGCAUUUCCUUGUUGACCAUAGUAGAUUGCGAGACAAAUGAAUACCCUCUAGCGAUUAAAAACUAUAUUGUUUCCCAGUGAUAAUUCAAAAACAGAAUUCAAUUAUACCUACAUUUUGUAGAUGUUUGGGUCCCGUUAAAACCAAAAGAGAUGCUUAUCAAAUGUCUUCAUUUUACAUUCAUUUAUUGCUUUAUGGGGGAAAAGACAGUAUAAGGAAUGUGAAACAAAUUACCUGUAUUUGUGGAA